AUGACGAAUGUUCUAGAUGAUGAGUCUACUCCAAAUGUCCCAGAUUUGAAGCAGUAUGAUCAAUCUAUGAAUCGUCAUCGUAAUGUUACUAAGAAACACAAUCACUUAAGUGUGACCAAGUAUCUUAAACAGGUGGUAUGGAAAGAAACUCAGCCAACCGACAGAAAUGAAGAAACUCAACCAAACAAAUCUAGCAUGGAUGUUGUAGGGGGUCCAGAAUGGAACUGCUUGCAAGAAAAACAAAACGCUUUCAAAGAAAAUCGUUGUCAGUAUGAUAACUGCUUCGUGACUCACGACAGGAGUCUUCUCAACGACUAUACGAAAUUCGACGCGAUUCUGAUCAACGGUAAACAUAUCGUCGUCGACAGUAAAUUCAAGCUGCCGAAAAGACGGUCCCCGAAACAGUUGUACGUUUUUGCGACGAAAGAUUCAGCCGCAAACUAUCCCGUGUGCAACCAGACAUUUGACAAUUAUUUCAACCUCACUUGGACGUACAGGUUAGAUUCCGAUGUGCCUUGGCCGUAUUUUAGCAUAGAAGACGAAGAUAGCAAUGAGAUUGGACCACGGCUGAACAUGGGAUGGCGCAAUGUGUACGAUCCCGUAGGACCUCUUAUAGAGCCAAUAAUUUUGGACAAGAAACUAACAGUUGCAUGGGUGUCUUCAAACUGCUUUACGAGUGGCCUCAGAGAAUCUUUAGUGGAGAAAAUAAAAUAUGGCCUGAAAAGAUAUUAUUUAGAUAUGGACAUAAUUGGCGCGUGCAACGGGAGACACUGCCCUAAAAGUAUGGAAGCUGAAUGUAUGUCAGAUAUGAACAAAUUGUAUUUUUAUUUAGCGUUCGAAGAUUCUGUAGCGGAAGAUUACGUCACGGAAAAAGUUGUAAAGGCGUUCCAAUCGUUUAUUGUCCCUGUCGUGUUUGGUGGAGCCAAUUAUUCCAGGUUCCUGCCACCACAUUCGUACUUAGACGCGGGUAAACUUGGAGCAGAGAAGACUGCAUACACCAUGGCGGUUCUCAUGAAGAGCAGGGGUGCCUACAAAGACUUUUUCAGGUGGAGAAACUAUUAUUCUUAUUCAGAAAACAACCGUAGCAUCUGCGGACUUUGCGAGAUCCUAAACAAGGAUGUUACAAAAGUUUAUCCGAACUUCCGAGAGUGGUGGAACCCAAAAGAAAUACUGGCAUACGGCGUUAAACCACAUAAAACCUGUAACAAUAAAAAAGUUAAAUAA